AUGGCACCGCAGAAACGAGAAGAGUCCCACGAUAGCUGCACUCAAUACUUACUAGAUCUUGUAUGUUUUGAGGCAUAUCGAAAUGAUCCGUACCACGCCUAUUGCAAAACCUGCCUCACAAAAAUUGGCAUCGCUCGAGGUGGGAAAUCGAAUCUAGGCACACAUAUCGCCACGAAACGGCAUCGGGACGCAGCAAGUAAAGCGGAAGAGGGAUUUGAAUCCGAAUCGAAGAUAGAUGAUUCCUCUCUACAAGACAAUGUAAAUGAGGCUGAACUUAAAAUCUGCGCAUGGGCUUUGGAAAACAACGUGCCUUUUACUGCAGUUGACAAGCUCACUGACCUGUUGAGAGAACUCACCAUAGAUUCGAAGCUCUUGCAAAAGCUAAAGUUGGGAAGAACCAAAACGGCGUCAGUUGUUGAGUCGGUUAUUGCUGCGACUCAACAUGAUGAACUGGUCGAACAAAUGAGAAGUGAUAUUUUCUCCAUUAUCGUCGAUGAGUUUACCGAUUUUAGUAGCAAUAAAACGCUUGCAAUUGUUGUCCGGGUAAUGGAUAAGGUAUCUUUUUGUGCCAAAGACCGAUUUUACACUGCGAUAGAAAUUGAGUGUGCAGACCAUGCGACACUGCAUUCGGUUAUAGUUUCGGAGUUUGAGAGAGACAACAUCAAUUACAAAAAGAAUCUUAGAGGAUUUGCAUCAGACGGAGCAUCUGUUAUGAUGGGUCGGAACAACUCAGUGAUACGUUUGUUCAAAAAAGAAUGCCCGAACAUGAUAUCUAUAAAGUGUACCUGCCAUUCACUUGCCUUGUGUGCUAGCUAUGCUUGCGAAAAGGUUCCAUCAUACGUUGAACAACUGAUGCGUGAUAUAUAUAACUAUUUAUCAAGCAGUAUUAAACGAUCAAAAGAGUUUAAAAAAAUGCAGGAUAUUGUAGACCUCAAGCCGUUGAAGAUUCUCCAUCCAUCCGCCACUAGAUGGCUUUCUUUGGAAGCUGUCAUUAAUCGAAACUUGGAAAGAUUCGAUGAACUAAAGUUAUUCUUCUCGUUCCAAGUAAAAUAUGACCACAACCCAACGGCAAAUCGCAUUUUAACUCAUCUUAAUGAUCCUAUGACGAAACCGAUUAUGCUUUUCCUUAAUUAUAUAUUACCACUCAUCAACAACGCUAACCAAACUUUUCAGUCAGAGAAUUCUCAGUUUUUUGAAAUUUACAACGAGACAAAAACUUUGUUGGCUUUGAUUUUGGGCAACUUGUGUAAAAAGAAUUAUGUUCAGCGGUUUACUGGCGAUGAUGUGGAUGUUACCGAUUUUGAAUUAUUUUUGAAAAACCCGAAGACGUUUACGUCGGCAUUAACGCCGAGGAAGCAGAGGAAGCUUUGGGAAAUGCUGUUCAAUUAA